AUGACAUUGCAUAAACUUUUCAACAAAUUGUUGGCGACGGGUAAAAUACCAUCAAAUAAGAAAAAUGCAACCAUAGUGCUACUCUUCAAGAAAGGAGAUUAUUGCGACUCAGAAAAUUAUAUACCAAUUAGCCUUACAAACACAGCAUGCAAGGUACUCAAAAAUAUAAUCAAGAAGAUAAUUGUGAACCACUUUGCAAAAAAUAAUAUCAUAUACAAGAGCCAACAUGAAUUUAUGGAGAAGUGUUAA